GAAAGGGAGCCCCCUACCAACAUCCUUCCGAAGCCACACUUGGGAGAGCUGACCGUGAUGGAUGCCACCCCUGACUCCCUGCACCUCUCCUGGACUGUCCCCGAGGGCCAGUUUGACCACUUCCUGGUCCAGUACAAGAACGGGGACGGGCAGCCCAAGGCGGUGAGAGUGCCAGGGAGUGAGAACCAGGUCACCGUCUCAGGCCUGGAGCCCAGCCACAAGUACAAGAUGAACCUGUACGGCUUCCACGGUGGCCAGCGCGUGGGCCCGGUCUCUGCUGUCGGUUUAACUGCCCCAGGAAAGGACCACGAAAUGCCAGCCCCCACAGACCCACCCAUCACAACUCCCCAGCCUCCCACCAAGCCCCGCCUGGGGGAGUUGACCGUGACCGAUGCCACUCCCGACUCCCUGCACCUCUCCUGGACUGUGCCCGAGGGUCAGUUUGACCACUUCCUGGUCCAGUACAAGAACGGGGACGGGCAGCCCAAGGCAGUGCGCGUACCGGGCUAUGAGGAUGCGGUCACCGGAGCCCGAUCCCCCCAGGACCUUGUGGAGGAGACGCCCAGCCCCACAGAACCCAGCACAGAGGCCCCGGAGCCCCCCGAGGAGCCCGUCCUGGGGGAGCUGACGGUCACAGGAUCCUCCCCAGACUCGCUGAGCCUCUCCUGGACCGUCCCCCAGGGCCACUUCGACUCCUUCAGUGUCCAGUACAAGGACGGGGACGGGCGGCCCCAGGUGGUGCGUGUCGGGGGUGACGAGAGUGAGGUCACCAUCGGGGGCCUGGAGCCGGGGCGCAAGUACAAGAUGCACCUGUAUGGCCUGCACAGGGGACAGCGCGACGGCCCCGUGUCCACCGUGGGCAUGACCGGGCCCUGGGGUGUGGCCUGUGCCUAG